GGACAAAAGAUAUUAAGCGCAAGAUUGACAUUGAUUAAAAAUAAAUCCUCAACUUGCAUAAGACAAAAUAUACAGUUAUAUAAACUUUCUGUAAGCUAAGCGAAAAUGUUUAACAGUUGCCUUCAAAAAAACUUGAUAAAAGGUUUUGUUCAUGGUAAAAGUCAUUCGACAAUACUACAACUUUGUACCAGGCAGUUAAGAACAUGCAGGAAUCCAUAUCAGAUACUGAACAAAGGGAAAAAGUUUACAUAUAAAUUAAAUCUACCGAUAUCAAGACUUAUACAACCAUUAAGACAGACUACUACUAUAUCCAAAACAAAUCCAGAAAUUCCAUUACGUGCUCAGAAGAUAGUUGGAGGAUGGUUGGUAGGCUGUGCCGGCAUGUGUUUUGGUGCUGUUAUAUUGGGUGGUGUGACAAGAUUAACAGAAUCUGGGUUAUCAAUGGUUGAUUGGCGCCUGUUAAAGGACAUGAAACCACCACAAAAUCUUCAAGAAUGGGAGGAAGAAUUUGAAAAAUAUAAACAGUUUCCAGAAUAUAAAUAUGUAAAUGCACAGCAUGAAAUGAGCUUAUCAGAUUUUAAGUUUAUUUUUUACAUGGAAUAUGGCCAUCGAAUGUGGGGUAGACUAAUAGGAUUGGCAUUUCUUUUACCUGGUGCAUAUUUUCUAAAGAAGGGAUGGAUUUCCAAAGGAAUGAAGCCACGUAUGUUAGCAUUAACAGCACUGCUGGGAUUUCAGGGAUUUCUUGGAUGGUAUAUGGUAAAAAGUGGUUUAGAAGAAAAACAGAAAGAAACAGAUAUUCCAAGAGUUAGCCAAUAUAGAUUAGCAUCUCACCUUGGUUCUGCGUUUAUUUUAUAUACAUUAUUUCUGUGGUCUGGCUUUACUCAUCUUCUUCCUUAUAAUAAAAUUGAGUUUACUAAAGAGAUGAGAAGAAUCAAAGGAAUGGCUCAUGGAAUGAAAGCUUUGAUAUUUAUAACAGCUAUUUCAGGAGCUUUUGUAGCUGGGUUGGAUGCUGGUUUAACAUACAAUUCAUGGCCUAAAAUGGCCGACAGAUGGAUUCCAACAGAUAUGUGGACAAUUGACCCAAAAUGGAAAAAUAUUUUUGAGAAUCCUACCUUUGUACAAUUCAACCACAGACAUUUGGCAGAGAGUACAGUGCUGUUGAUAGUAGGAUUUUGGUGGAUGUGUCGUAAAGCUCCCCUUCCACCCAGAGCAAGAAUGGCAGUCAAUGCAUUACUUGCUAUGAGUAUUAUACAGGCAUCUUUGGGAAUUACAACAUUAUUAACAUAUGUACCAACACCAGUGGCUGCUACUCAUCAAUCUGGAUCUCUGGUUCUACUGAGUAUCGCUGUGUGGUUGACACACGAAUUAAGGAGGAUACCAAAGUAAAUAAGAACACCAAGAACUUAGAUCUCAAGAAUUGAGAAGAAUAAAAAAACAGCUGGGAAUCUCUCCAAGGGAACAUUCUAUGUUUGAUUGAAAUUUUAAAAAGAAACAUAAAUGUAGGCGUUGCUUUUCUAAUUUCCGCAGAAAGAUUGUUGUAGAGACUGAUAAAAAACAUUUCUUUGAGGAAACAUGUUACUAUUAAUGUGUAUAAGUUAUCCUUGAUAGUACAGCCUGCAAUAUUUUUAUGAUUAGUUUUCAUUGUUACAUUUAUUGAUACUUUAUAUAUGUUUUUGUUUUGCACAUGUUUGUUUUAAUUUUCUAUAAAGCUUACAACACCUAUUUGGACCAAACUGACCAUGCUUGACCUAAAUCUGUUAAUCAAAAUAUAGAUCAACAAGCUUUAGGUCACCAUAAUAAAAGAGGAUUUAUGCUUUUACAUUCAAGCUCAACAAUAAUUUUCUUCGCUUACAAAUGCUUUUUUGUUCUAAUGUUAACAACUUUGAUGUCUGAAUUAUAUCCUAUUAAAGUUUGUAGUUGUUAUAUGAAUUACCAAUGUAUUAGCAUCUGUGAUAUCUUUUCAUAACUUAUGUUCCAUGCUUACUAAAUGUACUUUUCUUUUUAUAUCAAAUUGUUUUUUUGAAAACUUGCUUUAUUAGUAGUUUGUUAUUUAAAAAUGUUUUCAAUGCUAUGUUUAUGUGUAGCAAAUGCAAUGUUUUCACUAUCUACUAUUCAACUAUGUUAGUACUUUAAGUAAGGGAAACUUAUUUUCAUGGAGUUAACAGUUGUUUAAAAGUUCUAAAAUCAUGUCAGAUUAUUUGUUAUGUGCAAAAUCUAGAAUUAUAAAUUCAAUCAUUUUUUUUAACAAAAUAUUAAAAACUGAAAUCCACAAAUAGAACUUUCAUACUAGUAAGAGCACAUUACCUUUUGUUGUAUUACAUGUACAUUGUUUAAAGGAAGUUGGUAAAAAACAAAGUUCAGUGAACUUUUUAUGAAAGUGACUUAUUUUGAAAUAAACAAGUUGGAUUAUA